AUGUAUCGGCAGAUUUUAGUUACCGAAAAGCAUCGAAGUUACCAACGUGUGUUAUGGCGAGCAGAUACAACGCAACCGAUACGAAGCUACCGGCUUAAUACGUUAACGUACGGCACGGUGCCCGCUUCAUAUUUGGCAACAGCGUGUUUGGAAAAAUUGGCGGAGACUGAAUACGAAAAUUAUCCCGAUGCGUGUUUGUCAAUUACAAGGAAUUUUUAUAUGGACGAUUAUCUCGGUGGCGCCAUGUGUAAACCGGAAGCCAUAAAAUUGCGAGAUAAUGUUAAUGCAAUUAUGAAGAGCGCGGGUUUGGUAUUGCGCAAGUGGAUGUUCAACGAUAAAGAAUUAAUUAACGACGUCCAGUGCAAUAGCGGCGGCGUGCGGACUAUGGGCAAUAAUGGAUCAACCAAAAUACUAGGCCUAAAUUGGAAUUCGGAUAAUGACGUGUUAUUAUACACCGUGCGCCAAAUAGAAAAUAACAUUACAAAAACGACAAAACGAAAGAUACUGUCCGAAAUUGCGGCCAUAUUCGACCCGUUAGGAUUGCUUGGUCCGGUUAUAGUAAAUGCCAAAUUAAUAAUGCAAAGUCUGUGGCAAGUAAAGGCUGGUUGGGAUGAGCCGCUACCGGAAGAUAUUCAAAACGAAUGGCGUAAAUGUCGAGACGGUUUACCUCAAUUAAACGAAAUAUCAAUACCACGAAAAAUAAUUGGUGGAGGUAUAAAUAUAGAAUUUCAAAUACAUGGUUUUGCGGAUGCGUCUCUAAAGGCAUAUGUCGCCUGUUUAUAUUUACGCAGUACCAAUGUGACUGGAAAUAGUGUUGUUAAUUUAAUUUGCGCAAAAUCGAAAGUAGCGCCGUUGAAAGUUGUAUCUCUACCACGGUUAGAGUUGUGUGCCACACUAUUGUUAGCUCGGCUAGCGAGCCGCGUAAUUCCAAAAUUAAAUUUACCUAUAGGUCGGAGCCAAUUCUGGAGCGACUCAAAUGUAGUUAUUGCGUGGAUAUCGUCGCCAUCAACCCUAUGGAGAACGUUUGUAUUCCAUAGAGUGGAGGAGAUACAAGAGUUGACAUUAUUUAGUGAAUGGGCACACGUAGGUACACAAGAUAAUCCGGCUGACCUUAUAUCACACGGAUGUGAGGCAAAAGAUAUAGGGAAAGACACGUUGUGGUGGCAUGGUCCUAAAUGGCUAAGCGAAGUCAGCACAGCAUGGCCAAAUACCGGAUCGGGAACGUAUAAUGCUACAGAUACGGAUAUACCUGAAGCAAAAGAUAACGCCGUAACUACAAAAACGCGCAGUAUAGUUUGUACAAUGAAAGAUGAUUAUUAUAUGAUUAUUAUUCAGUGUUAUCAAUAUUAUCAAAGCGAUCUUCAUUAA